AUGCACUUGCUCUCGUCACUUCUUCAUCUCCUACCUCUACCAUCUCCCCCAACCCUCUGCCCUCAGCACUAUGUCGUUGCCUCUGUUCUCCCUAGCCCAGUCCUCUGCUUGCAAGUGCCCUACAAGCUGGCACUCUGCCUUCAACAACUAGACAAAAAACAUCGUUGCACUCGUGUCGCCCUAUCUCCUGUUGUGAUGUCUGUGCUGAGCCCCAGAACGCCGUCCCCUCCCGGUCUCGACGUGAAGCUGCGAGCAAUAGACGACGAGCACGCGCUCGCGACAGUACCAACGUACGACCACUCUCAUGGUACAGCUCUCUCUUCGACACCGUACGCGCUCUCCUUCCCCACCCACCAUCCCAUGCUUGUCAUCACCCUUGAUGGGUCCACACCGCACUGGCCACCACUCGCCCCUCCUGAGCCGAGCCCGUCCACGCCAUCCACUUCACCCUCUCCCUUCGGGCCAGAACGUCCCAGAGAUACACCUUUGCAAUCCAUAACGACGACUCAGUUCACUGCUCCUCCAAUUGUACGUCACAAUCAGAGUAUACAGCGUGCACGUACUGAUACAGCUUCGUCUACAGCCCAAAUCAGCUCGUUCAACACUUCGGAUCUCAACUCCAGUGCACCACUCAUACUUGCUACACGCUUCGCACCUCAACCUCCAAAACUUGCUCAACCUCACAAUUCACACGCGCAUGCAAUUCAACUUGCAGGGACUGAGCGACGACCAAAGUGA